AUAAAACAAUAAUACCCAAAUUUCUUUAUUUCUUUAUUCUUUAAUUUCUUUUUAAUUAAUAAUUUAUAAAUUCCAGGCGAUGAGAUGAGAAAGCAGUCUGGACCUUUCGCUAUAGGACCUGGCCGAUGGCGUUUUGUUUCGGACCUAUCUAGGACUCCCCGAUAACUGCACCCGGAUCCGCUAAUACCUCCAUCGGCUUUUUGACCGGUUUUCCCACUUCUUACCCGGCCUAGGGUUUUUGCUAGGGUUACCUCGAUGGUGACCAAUGAUUAUACCACCAUGAACGGGAACGGGAUUAUUAAGAUGGAAGAAGAGUUCAUCAAGAGGCACCACAAACAUGACGUCAAGGAAAAUCAGUGCAGCUCAUCGCUCGUUAAACACAUCAAAGCUCCUGUUCAUCUCUUUUUGAUCAAUCAGGUUUGGUCUUUGGUGAGGAGAUUCGAUCAACCUCAGAAGUACAAACCAUUUGUUAGCAGGUGUGUCGUGCAGGGUGACCUUCAGAUUGGAAGCGUUAGAGAAGUCAAUGUUAGGUCAGGUUUGCCAGCCACCACUAGCACUGAAAGGUUAGAGUAUCUAGAUGACGAUGAACAUAUUUUGAGCAUGACGAUUGUUGGUGGAGAUCACAGGUUGAAGAACUACUCUUCCAUUGUUACAGUCCAUCCCGAGGUCAUUGAUGGCAGACCAGGAACGUUGGUGAUUGAGUCAUUUGUGGUGGAUGUACCAGAUGGGAACACCAAGGAUGAAACAUGCUACUUUGUUGAGGCACUGAUCAAGUGCAACCUCAAGUCAUUGGCUGAUGUUUCAGAGCGUUUGGCUGUUCAGGAUAGGACUGAGCCGAUUGAAAGAAUGUGAAUAAUCUGGGUCCCUGUUAACUGCAUCAAGGUUCUUGUUCUGGGUGAUAAGUGAGUUACUCUUGUUAUUAGAAACUGAGUGGACGGUUUGGGCUUCCUACAGGCAGAAUCGACUUCCUUUUUCUUAUACUUUAUGUUCUUCUUCAUUUUACUAUAACUAGAUCUUUAGGUAUCUUGUGUUGAUAGUAGCUGACAAUUAAGUUGAUCAUCGGCCUACAGAUUUCCUAGAUGGAGAAACAUAAAAAAAUUCUUUGUGGUUUUUCUAUGUUGAAUAAUGGGGUGUUGUAUUGGUAUUUGGUUGUAAAUAACUGCGCACUAUCAAAAUUUUAUGUUAAUAUCUUAGGUUUUGCAUGUUCCUGUUAGAAAA